AUGGGCCAACCUGGACAAGCGGCGCCUGGAAUGCGCCAGAUGUACGCACCGCCUCCUGGGAUGAUGAAUUCUCAAGUUCCUGGACAGCCGAUGUACGGUCAUCCCUCACAGAUGCAACAAGCCCAGAUGUUGCAGCAGCAACAACAACAGCAACAGCAGCAAUAUCAGUACUAUAUGUCACGUUUCCCACCUCAUUGGCAGCAGGAAAUUCACGUUGAACAAAGUCAAGAGCGUAAAAAACAACUGUUCUCGACAUACUUCAACACAAUGCAACAACAACAACAGUCAAAGAUGGUGUCGAAUGGACAGGGUGCUAUCAUACAUCAACAGAUGAUGGGUUGGUGUCAUUUCAUUUUCUCUUAG